ACUGAAGUUCAGGAGAAAAUUUGACACGUGUGAUUCACGUGACAGGAAACUCGAGGUGAGUAUUUUUGCGUGCCGUUUUCUUUUGACUGAAAUCCCUUUUUCAUAGUACAAACUUUUCCGCUGAAAUGGUCGAGAAACAAUGUGAGCUACAGCUACAGUGAAUAACUGUGAACUAGUUUGCCUCCUGCCAUCUAACUGGGAUUCUUUUUAUCUUUCCCCACGGCUUUUGUGUAAUAAAUACCGCCAACGGCAAAGAUGAUGGUGAUGAUGGUGACGAUGCUGAUGACGAUAUUGAUGAUGAUGAUGAAGGUGGUGCUUAUGAUGGUUUUCACAUAAACGCUCUCAAAAUAGGCUAAACUGAUAUUUUAAGAAAAAAAACUGCAACGAAACUGUGAACGAAGAUCCUACUGGUUGUCAACGUUGGAUCUUAAGAAAAAAAAAAACAAUAACAAAAAUAAAAAAGGAGAAGUUCAAAGACUACUGCGAAGCUGAUAACAAUGUGCAUUGUUUUCAUUUUUCUGAACAAUUGUUCGGUUGGCCAUACCAGCCUCUUCAGAUCUGCAGAUGUUGCUGUAGCGGAUUACACUUUCCAUUCCACCCCCUUUUCGACCUUUCUUACUGCACUCCCACCAUUCAUAAUGCUAGGAUACCCUGCUUGAGCGUCAACGAUGCUACUGUACAGAAACGCUUGUCGUUUUUCUCAAGACCAGGCGUGUUUACUACAGUGCAACCCCGUUAAUCCGGUCACCGAUGGGUCAAAAAAAAAAAAUUGGCCGUAUUAUUAGGGCAGGCCCAAAUUUCAAUAAUGGCUGUGAUGACAUUCGCAUUUCUUGAACAACUGAUCUCUCAAACAACCCUAAUGUAAAUAUCGCGUACCGUAAUUGAAAAAAAACAAAAACUACUUAAAAUUUUCCUUCAGUACUGAUAAAAUACUUUUAAAAUUCGGCUAUGAAAUCGCAACAAGUGCACUUCAUGUGUACCGUCGCAGUCUAAAAACAGUACAAGAACAGGCUCAGAGAACUUAAGCAUUUGAAUUUUCUGAAUUUCGAAAAAGUAUCCGUAUUAAGGGGGUGAAAUUAUAAGAGAUUCUACUGUUUGAGAUUUUCAGAUGUGGCCGUUGGCCGUAUUAACAGUUUAUUUUUUCCGGGCCGUAAAAAAGUGUCCGUAAUAACGAGGUGACCGUAUUACCGAGGUGCCGUAAGGUGGGGUUCGACUAUAUUUAAAACACAAAGCACCCGGGUGAAAAUCUUGUGCAUAAACUUGAAACUAUUCUCACAGGGGAAAACACGCACAAAAGCUCAAAUUAGCAUCAUUGCAGUUCCUAACAUUCUCAGCGUGGCCUGGGAGAAUAAUACACAGGCGGCAUACCCACAGACCUUGUCCCUCAGUCUAAAGAGCAGUCUGCUUGAUUAUUCAGCCAGUUCUAGUAAAUUUUAGAACUCGGCACCCUCGAUAGCAGUUAUCCCCCCACUCUCCUAGGGCAUACCUCAUAUUCUCUCCUGGUCCACCGACCCGAAGAGCCUCGGGCUGAUUUUCCCACAGUUUGUGCAAGUAGAUGACCACUCAUCAGCACUAAUCAGUACUACUUACAGGGUCCCUCAGGGAUCAAUUCUAGGACCCGUUUUGUUCAACCUUUACGUGAAUGACCUUUCUUCUGCUCUUCCAUCUGAAGAAGUUGUAUGUCAUCAGUACGCGGACGACACGACGAUGUAUACUCAUUUCCCCGGGAGGGGAUGGGGGGGGGUGGUUACUACCCUAUAAAAGUGACGGGGGUGCUCGUCGGAAGAAUUUCGAGAACACCCCUAAAAGGUACCAGAAUCUUGUUUUAUGGGCGUGUCCCAAAUUCAUUUCCACCCCUUAGAGGUACCAAUUCAACAACAACAAAUGUUAUAACUGGCACUGCAAAUUUUAAUACUAAUAAAGAUAACUUUCGAACACUUUCUUCUCAAGGACUUUUUGAAAGUGUUGUCAUAAAUCUUUAUCCUAAUCAGUCAUUUUAGGUUUUAGCACUUUAAGAGGUACCAAUCCACAAAUUUAAACCCCUAAAAGGUACGACGAGCACCCCCAUCAAUUUUAUUGGAGAGUGGGCUCAUUUCAGGCCAUAUGAUCUUCAAGUCGACCAGUCGGUGAUUCAAGACGCGCUAAACAAGCUUUCAGACUGGUCCUUAGAAUGUAACCUAGCUUUGAAUCCAAAGAAAAGAAAGGUGAUGAUGCUGUCAUCAGCUCAGAUGUCAAGGGCACAUGGACUUAAGACAUGUUCACUUAAUCCCACGGUUAACGGGAAAAGGCUCGAGCGUGACUCAAACUUCCGCCUGCUGGGAACCCAAGUCAAUCAACACCUUAAGUGGAAGGAGGAGAUUAACUCGAAGAUCUCUAGCUGCUACGAUACACCAGUUAUAAUUAGAAAAUUAAACCACUUAACUCCCUUCCAUGUCCGAAAGCAACUGGCGGAAUUCCUGAUUUUAUCGAAAAUUGACUACAAUGACAUUGUUAGUCAUCCAGUCCCGGGAUACCUAAUAAAGGUAAUAUGUCCAGUUGGCCGCUGCAGGUUUCGUUCUUGGGCGCUAUGCGCAUGUGCCGGAUGUAAUCAAACUAGGAUGGAUACCAAUAAAAGAACGCAGAAAGAAUCAUUUACUUAACACCGUUUUUAAAGCCUUGCAUUAUAACGACUGGCCGUCCUAUCUUAAGCUAGACUUUCAUAACCCAACACCGACGUGUAAGCUAGAAAUUCAUAACCCUACACGGACACUGAGGUCUUCGAAAGAAACGACGUUAAAAGAACCCCUUUCUCGGGUACUGUUCAAGACAGACUUGCUUCUAAUUUUUUUUAUUCAUUACCCUCUGCUGCAAGGUACUCUGUAGUUUUUAGUGAUUUUAAAGCUCAGGUGAGAAAGUAUCUGAUAAAUAGGGCAAAUGUAAAAAUGUACCUUAUCAUUUCUUGAUUUGUAUAUAUUCUAGUCAGAUUACUUGAAGGGCCAAUCGUGUACUUAUUACAAGAUUCGACCUGAAUAUCGCCCAUAAAUUCAGUAUUGGAGAAGAGAUCAGAUUCUUGAUAAAGUGAGAUAUAAAAGUGUUGGUGAUCGUGAUUUUCUACUAACAAAUUACUCUCAUUACAGGUUGGUACUGCAAAGGUUGUGUUUGCAUAUCAUUCUGAGGAUCCCGUGUCACCAACGGAUAUUAAACAUCAUGAGUUUAGAGGCGUUAAAAGCAUCCUUUUACUGAACAGUGUGGACACAAGAAACACCAAGGGAAACGGAUGGAUGAAAUCCGAUUUGACUGCCAGAAAUGUAAGAAAAAAUGAAAAGAAAAAGAAAAGGAAAAACUGUUAGCUAUAAACGUUAAUUUGUUUGUUAAGAAUUAAGAUGAAUUACACUUUUGCCAUCAGGUGAGUCUAGUUGCCUACGUUUUGUUUUGGAGGAACUCCCAUAUGAAAAUUACCGGAAUGUUCGUCGUAUCGCUUCUUGGAAACUCAGCUAGGGUGGUCUCUGCUUGGGUGUUCAGGACGGAGAGCGGUUUAUGACGCAUAAACAUUUGAAUACUUUUACAAUCAAAGCUCUCGUAAGAGUAACACUUGAGCGCACGCUCAGAUUAUGAAUAAAACAUAAUAAAUUUUAACAUAAACACAUUGGGUGUUUUUGACAGGUUGUCCUUAUUUUGCAUUUAUGCAUUUAUUAUUUUUUUUAAAAUACCGUAAAAUUCCGAAAAUAAGCCCCGGGGCUAAUAUUUUUCAAAGGCCAUUUUUGAGGGGCUUAUUUUGGAGUGGCCUAUAUUCGGAGGGGCUUAUGUACGGAGGGAAAUUUGCGUUUAAAAAUCGAUUGGGCUAGCCCUCUUCCUGGGAGGAAAUUUACCGUUUUUCUUUGUUUUACUUUGUGUUUUACGGAAAUCUCCAAUACACCCCCCCCCCCGGGGGGCUUUGGAGGGGCGAUUUCGGAGGGUUUUUUGCGUUACGAGUUUAGGGGGCUUAUAUUUGGAGGGGCUUAUACAUGGAGGGGCUUAUUUUUGAAAUUUUAAGGUACAUAACUUGUUCUGUCAGAGACCAGUUGGCCCCACUAGCGGCAUACCUCUCCCCUUCUUUUCUUUUAUUUCCAGAGUACAGAACUCCUCGUUAUAUUUCAGGUGCAUAUUCUUUCGUGGCCUGCUUUGCAGCCGGCCCACGCACUCAUCAAAACCAUUUGUCUAUAUACAGAAGGUUUAGAGCGUCUGCGACGCAGGCAAAUUCUUUGAUUCGUAGUUUCUAAUUUUGACAUAUUUAUUUUCCUUAAGAUGACAAUACCAGGAAAUGAUUUAACAACCUAUUGGUGUACUCUACUGAAAGGCCCAGAGCUGAAAUCAAAACACCACAUCACUAAGGUACUUGCUUGAAAAGUGUACAAUUAUUCAUGCCUAUUUGUCAAAAGCUAAUUAUCCAAACCUCUUUAAAUAGUAAAAUGAAAAUAUGUUACAGAAGUUUUGAUGUGACUUUGGCGUUAGAUUAGGUUAAACUAACGGACGCAAGUAGAGUGUUUUCAAAAGAUGCGGCAAGGGGUGGUAAACGUGGUAAAUGUCUUUGAUGAGGCCAAAUGGGGAGGAAAGCAUAUGGACGCAGUUGGUGGUUUAAGUGAGCUUUCGUAAGGAAUAAUAACAAAAUGAAUAUGAAAUAUCCAAAAUUUGGCGGACAGCUAUGAAAUAUACUGAAAAUUUCCAGCAACUCUACAGGGGAUUAUGCUGACUUCCUUUCUGUAAAAUUCUACCACACAAAAAUAAAUUCUGGUACAAUUUAUGUUAUGUUAAUUUGUUGAAGAUCGUUCCUCUCAUUCAAGAAGGAAACGAAGGUUUCGUCCAUCACAUGAUCAUGUACGAAUGCUUUGGUGAUUUUACUGAGAAAGACUUCGACGAGGGCGUGCCAUGUAACAGUCGAGCUAGUAUGCCUUAUUUGAAGUGCAAGCGUUAUUUAAUGGUCACUGCCUGGGCAGUAGGAGGACAGGUAGAAAAUAUUAAUUAAUUAACAAUCGGCAGCAGUUUUCCAUUAUCUGUACUCCUAUCGACCAUAGAAAUGACGUGAAAAUGUUGAAAACUCACCUGCAAAGUUUUGAACAUUUUGAAGUCAUUUCGAUGGUCGAUAUGAGUAAGGACCAUGAAAAGUUGUUGUCGAUCUGUUUUUUGAAAUAAUACUGAAAAUUUUGACAUGCAUUUUCGUUGAAGUUUCUCGGUAAAACGCAAGCGCGAGAAAGAGAAUAAACACAUUGCGCCAGUGUCACGUCAUUUCCGUGGUCUGCACUCUUAUCGAACACAGCUUCUGACCAAUCAGGGUGCGAGAAAUCUUUCAGUUAUCCUGAUAAGUAAUGAAACAAUCAUUGUAUUAUUUCUCCUUAAAAGCUCAUCUCAAUUUUUUGGGGGGUUCCUACUUACCCUGAGAGAACAGCCGACGUUUCUUGACGCCACCACUUGUUUCCCUGUGAAAUGACGUCCGAGGAACGACCGCGGAAAUUCCAUAAUGAUGACGUGUCACUACCCAGAUCUGGGUAGUGUUUCUGUUAGGUGAAAGCAAAUUUCCCUCGCUCCACGACCAAUCAGAGGCACAACUCAGAUCUGGGUAGUGACACGUCAUCAGUUUGGAAUUUGUGCAGUUAUUUCUCAGACGUCAUUUUGCGGGGCAAGCCAGUGGUGGCGUUACUAAAUGCCGACUUUUUUGUCAGGCUAUCGCUAUUCGGACAACGUGAAGCGUCCUCCAAUAAAUUUUCUUCUUCUUUUUGUCCUUGUUGUCGUUGUUGUUGUUGUUCUACUUGUCCUUGUUGUUGUCGAUGUUGCUAUUCUUCUUCAUGCUUGUCCUUGUUGUUGUGGUUGUUGUUUUUCUUCUUGUUGUUCUUCUUGUUGUUCUUCUACCUGUCCUUGUCGUUGUUGUUGUUGUUGCUGUUGCCAGUCUUCUUCUUUUACAUGUCCUUGUUGUUGUUGUUGUUGUUCUACUAGUCCUUGUUGUUCUUCUUCUACUUGCCUUGUUAACGUUGUUGAUUUGUUCUUCGUCUUCCACUUGUCCUUGUCGUUGUUUUUCUUCUUCUACUUGUCCUUGUUGUUGUCCCUGUUGUGGUGGUUCUUCUUCUGCCCUUGUUGUUUUUGUUGUUGUACUUUUUCCUUUACUUGUAUUAAUCUUUUCGUCUUUUUACGUUUCUCCUCAGGGUCUUUUUUAUCCUCCACAUGUAGGUUUUCCGAUCGGAUCAAAUGACUCGCCCAAGAAUUUUCUGCUAGAAACACAUUACGACAACCCAGGACUUGUUAAAGGUCUGUCCAUUUUAUGAACGAUUCUUUAUCAGGUCGUGAACUUAAAGGCGCCCCAGUGGUACUGGGAAAUGAACCAGUGUCGUGAAAUUUUUAAACGAUAUAACGAUGUUCAAAAAAAAUUAUAUAUACCUUACUUGUAUUAAAAUUCGCGUCGUUCUCAUUUUCGCUCAGCUUUAAAUUCGCGCGAUUUAAUUUCGCGCUCCUUAUUAGGACUUAUUCGCGCAGCGUUAAAUUCGCGCGUGCCAAGUAAUUUUCCGUGUUCGUUCUUUUUGGUUCGUUUAAUAGAGCUAUUAACAAUUAACGCAUUUAUUAUGAGUGUUUUUUUUUUCAACAAAUACUACAAUAUUUGUCAAAACUUAAUCAAAAAGCGAUUAGGUGGCCCUCAAAAAAUGCCUCAAAAUUAUGUAAAUUUGUAAUGUAAGCAAAAUUCAACUUAAAACGUAUGUCAAAUGUGUAUACAGCUAUUUCAAGAAAGGUUGUUGGAAAAAGUGCACGCGACAAUCCCGAAAGGUAUUGUGGGUGAUUUUGAGCUCACUGUUUUUCAAAGAAAUUUCAAAGAAUGGCAGGAGAGGCCGGAGACGUAUGUUUGCGUGUGCUAAAGGAAAGUAAUAAAAGUAGGUUCGACAGCUACAGUGUCAGGAAAAGUGCAUUGAUCAUGUCCCGUAUUACCGAGAUUGUCGAGGGUACAGUUUUUCCGACAACCUUCCUUGAAAUAGCUGUAUGCGUUAAUAAAUUAACUAAUUUGCAUUACUAACAAUGAGUGUCUCAUAUUACACCAAAGCUUUUCGCGCGGAUUAUAAUUUCGCGGAGGACUAAAAUUGGCACACCCAGCGCAGCGCGAAUUCUAGUACUGCGCGAAUUUUAAUACAAGUAAGGUAUAUAGUUACAAAGUUUUAAUUUGAUACACCUAAUACCUUGUCAUAGGAAAAUUAGAUAAUAAUAAUAAUAAUAAUAAUAAUAAUAAUAAUAAUAAUAAUAAUAAUAAUAUAAAAAAAAACAAACCAAAAAAAAUGAAAGAAAAAGAAAACACAGCAACAACAACAAAAGCUACAAAGGACUUAGUUUUAAGCACGCUCACUACUAUACAUUCAGGUAUCUGUUUUGAGGAGAGAAAGAAGCAAUUGCAAAAACAUUCUUUCGGUGGUUAAAUGACACCGUGCUGCAGAAGUGUUUUCAGAGGAAUUAUCAAAUAUCUAAGCGUAAUUUGAAUGGCUCAUCAGAUUGAAAUUUGUUUUUGCUCUUUUGUAUCACAACGUUUCGCAAUUAGGUGUAUUUAUGUUUUUCCUCGAAACGUUAAGACAUAUGAGUAGACGGCUAACAAGCCGUUUGUAAGCACUGGAUUCAAAAGGGCUGCUUGUCCACCUAUUCGUCAUCUUGUUUCGGUAAUUUUAGCUACAGCUAAGAACCCCGUACUUCCCACCAACUCGAACUAAGCCCCAUUAAUUUCCUUUUCAAAUUUUCACUGAAAUUUAAGCCAAUAACUCUUAUUCUGGUUCUUGUAACUCCACUCAAAUGCCAGCCCAUUAGUUCUUGUUGUUGCAUAAUCGGUAAAAACACUCAAACACCAAAGCGAACACUACAGCAAUUUGAUGUUACUAGAAAAUGGUGCAAAGAACAGAGCAAUUUUUUUAUAAAAAUGCGUAAUCACGUUACCUUUUCUUUUGUAAUAAGUAAAAACAGUCGAACUCGAAAACGAACACUACAGCAAUUUUAUUUCACUGGAAAAUGGUGCAAAGAACAGAUCCCUUUUUUUUUUUUAUAUAAAAAUGCGUAAUCAUGGUGCCUUUUCUAUUGAAAUAAGUUAAUUUGCACCUUACUGUAGCAUACCGAAGUGCCUAAAAACUCAGUUACUCUCAAUUAUUAACAUGGCUAAUUGAAUAUUAAAUCGACCCUGAUUUCUCUAAUUCUCGGGAACUAUUUUUGCUUUCUCUUUUAGAAUUCGAGUUAACAGAUUACCACUGUAUUUCAAAUUUGGACUUUUGAAUACAUCCAAAGUUGGAGCACCUUGGGUGAAUGCCCAACUGCCUAACUGAUCUUUCAUUUAAUACCCGGGUUGACGGGUCUAAAUAAUAUGAGGAUACCAAGUGGGUAACAAGGAAAAGUAUCAAUCAAAAGUCACUCCUUUGUCCAAAACCCUAUCAACGCCAUACAGAAAUGGGGCUGCACUGGUAUGACAUCUCUUAAAGGAAUGACAGCCUAUUAAAGGCGGAAAUAACAAAAACUAACUCUUUGGAAUCUCUAGGAAAAGGAGACCGCGACCACUAAAAAGACGCCAGUCCUACAAUUUUCGAUAAUUUUGCUGCGUAUACGGUGGCUUCUUGAUAAAGGUUGGACUGUUCAAUCCUUUUAUUCCUCAUAGAGUGAUUGAUUUCUUCUAAGGUCAAAAAGACAGCUCUGGCCUCACUAUCUACUACACAGACAAGCUGCGAAAGUAUGACGCUGGGAUUGCAGUUGUUGGUGUCGCAGUAAAUCGCUGGCACAUUAUUCCUCCUAAGCAGGAAAACUGGAUAUCUGUUGGAUACUGCAUGCACCAGUGCACAGAGGUUAGUUUUUUAAGACAUUUAAAGGUCCUUGGUGUGAUUCUGGUCGAUAAUGCUAAUGGUAAGGUAAUUUCCUUGAAAAGGAUGUACUAUCCAGAGUGUUUUCUAACUUGGCACAGUUAACAGCCACGUAUGGGACAUUAAAAAAUGUAAUAGAAAUCUGUGGUUAUAACUGGACUAAAAAGUGUUUCAAAACAAAGUACAUAACACUGCUGAUCAAAACACUUUUUGAAUUUACUCUCGUUUUUAAUCCUCAAAAUGUCGUACAAAAACGAAUUUCAAUACAAGGUAGAGGAACUUAUUAGCGGAUAUUUUUUGGUUUACAUGUAGGUGGGCCUAUAACAGGUGUGUGUGUGUGUGUGUGUGUGUGUGUGUGUGUGUGUGUGUGUGGGGGGGGUUAUAAGUUGGGAGGGAGGGCUUUAAAGCGGCAGUUUACGAUAUAAACGGUCGCUAUUAAAGUGGAAUCGACAAAGAGUGUGACCCUUCUACUCGGACCAGGUUUUCUUCAAAUAAAAAUAAUGAAAAAAAUGUUCAUUUAGCUUACUAUUUUUGUGAAGGUUCGCAGGAAUGUAACAUGCCUAAGUCGCCACUCAAUGCAUGUCUAUCUUCAGGCCGCUAUUUAAUUUGCAACUAAGUUUAGCAUUUCAAUUAAUCCAACGGCAUCAUCACUGUUUCAGGACUUGUUCAAGAAUACUGGAUUACCUGAAGGCGGGAUUAACAUAUUUGCUGCGGGACUACACACCCACUUGGCAGGUAGACGUGAUAGAGAUUAUAUUGCAUAACCUAAUGUAAGGAAAUUCGGAUUCCGGAAAUCGGGUAAAUUUGUGUGGAAUCCGAAAUUGGGGAAAAUUUUAAUUGUGGAAUACAGAAUCCUGGGCUUUGCAAUCCGGAAUACAGUUCAAGGAAUCCGGAAUCCCACUAACGAUUAGAUUCCAGAAUCCAAGUUCCACUGACUGUAAUCCAGUACAUGGAAUCAACGGGGACUCCAAGGCGUGGAAUCCAGAAUCCAAGAUUGUGUUGGAUUCCUUUACAUGGGGCGAAUUGUCGAUUGCCUGCCCUUUUACCCGACAGUCAGCCAUAAAGAGCAAGAAAAUUGGUUUCAUAAAAGGGUUAAUAUAAGGACUUAACAAGAAAGAUGACAAUGCUGCUGAUGAUGACGACUAUGAUAUUGUGUUGGUAUUAUUUCAUUAAGAAAGGAUAAAAAAACAACAACAACAACAACGUUAUUGUUGCUUUUGAUACUGAUGCAGAUUAAUCCGUUCUGUUUUGUUCUGUUUUUGUGCUAAAAGCCCACGAAACCGUUAUUUUCGGAACAUUUUUUCCUUCAGGGCGUGCAAGCUGGACUAAGCACGUUCGUAAAGGAAAAGAACUUCCUGAGAUUGCUCGAGAUGAUCACUACGACUUCAAUUUUCAGGUGUGCGAAACAACAAUUUAUCUAGAGAAAUACUUUCCCGAAUAGGUGGUUCUUGUUAAAAGGUACCACGCAGAUAGCUUCAAUUUACUCGAACUCAGAAUAGUAGCACUUUCAUGUGACGGAGUGUUUUCCUUUUUUUAUAGGACACACGAAUGUUAAGAAAAGAAAUCAACAUUCAGCCAGUAAGUAAUUACAGAACUAUGAUUGCAUGAUGCAUUCGGGAAGCAACCUAAAAAAAAGAAAACAAAACAUAAAAAAAAAUAAGGAAAAAAAGUCGUUUAUCAGAUUUUUGAUCAGUUAACACGUUAGAACUGCCUUUACAAAAACCUUCUAAGUAGAGACAAUUCAAAUGAAAUCGCAAAAUAUCAAGAUUUUCAGACACAGUUAUAUGAAAAAACUGUCCGGCCAGAUGCGGAUGAGAUCACAUCACUCAUUCGGUCAGUAUUGUGUACCCCCAAACAGUUUUAUUGGUAAAACAGUUAUUAGUUGCUUCUUUUCUGGCAUAUAAACCUCUUAUUUGCCAAAGCUGUACUGUAAAUUGCGGACCUACAACCCUGGUCAAAACUCUUGGGACACUAACGCAAUAUCUCCUGAAAAUGUGGAAUCUUCCCUCCCCCCUUCUCCCCCGGUGCAGUGUUAACGUUAUGCAUUCACGUUUUAAUUCAACACAAUCAACACUGUUUUGACGUUAUGCAUUCAAGAUUUAAUUCAACACAAUCAACACUAUUUGGGGAAGAGGGGGACAGCAGAAAUAUCCCCUUGUAACAACAUCCCAAGCUUUCUUUAACAGGUAGAAUAUGAGUUAAUUUAGCAAAGGGCCUCUUUGUGCCUAAUUUCCUCAAGUGUCCCAAGACGUUUUGCCAGGGUUGUAGUUUUUCCCGCGAUUUAUGGUCCGAGCGUAAAGUGCGUGGGCUUUAAAUCGUUGGGAAAAACAAGGAUAUUCGAUCCGUAAUUUAAUUAUAGUACAGACCAAGAAAACGAACUUUUUGAAUGUUUUUCUGAGCGUGGAAAGAACCCUGAGAAAAGAGUUUUCAGUCUUAUGAAUCGGCUCCUGAGAGUCACAGGCUUUAAAAAAAUCUAAAGCAAGAAAACAAAUGCUCAUUUCUUGUUAAAGGAACUGUGUCACAAAAUUCAGUCAAAUUAGGUAACUACAAAAUGCCCGUUAAAUUAAGAGAAACGUAAAAAUAACCGCUUAAAACAUUAAAGGAAGGUUAAAAUAACACGACAGAUACAACAGAUGCCACGGAUGGGCAAAACUGAAGAAGAUUGAAACGGAUUGAAAUUAGGGUUUUUGAAAACUGCUAAGCCUAACAGUUCUUCAAAGUUGAUCUCUGCUGUUUGCAACUUCAAAUCACUGAUUUUGUCAUUUCCAUGUAAUUUUUUUGCUUAUUUUAAGUUCCGUAACGAUUGAGGGCAAGUAAUUGGCAAAAUUCAACAAAGUGAACUGGACUGCCGUGACACAGCCCUUUAAGAAGGGUUCUAGUCUACCAUAAAUUAAACUAAAUUUUGAUUUUGAGUUUGCUUCUUUGUUACUAGACACACUUGGAAAGGGGCAUAAUUAAAGGAAAGUGAAAGAUCUUUUCCCUUAUACUUUGGUCCGUAGACUGAGUAGACUGUUCACAGUCCCCUAUUUUUUUGUGAGAUCGUCGAGAUAUAGCGCGUCUUACUGUUAAUGGCGGCCAUCUUGAUUUUCAAAUCUACCGAGGGGACGGGCGUCAGGGAUUAUAGUUCUAGGGGGAGGUGGGCGAGAAAAAUCGCAUUUUUCUCGCUUCCUUCCAGACCGCCCUCGCCUCCUAAGUAGUUUUGACAUUCAUACAAGAUGGCAGCCUGAAACGCAAAGCGCUCGAUCUUGACGACCUUACGGAAAAAUAGAGGAGUGUGAACAGUCUAUAGACUGAGUUACGGACCGAAAAUUGACCAAUCACGCAGAAGAGAAGACACUUAGCAACAAAAUGAAUAAUAAUAAUUUUUUUUAGGGAGACGACAUUAUUCAUUACUGUCAAUAUAAUUCAAUGGACAGAGAUAAACCGAUCGAAGUAAGUUCAUUAACUUGUCGUUUCCUUAGACUGCGAGCAGCCUCUCCUUUUCUUCAGAUUUAGUAAGGGGAGUGCACGCGCGCGCGAGCGUUGAGCGGCGAAGCCGCGAGACGCGAGAAACGAGGGCGGCAGCGCGAGAAGAAAAAAGAGAGACUGCCCGCAUAGCCAGACCCUAUGAAAUAAGCGUUGACCUCACAACGCAAAAUACGAUUGGCUGAUGUGUGAAGCGUGACAACAAACUGUCAACAAUCGAAACCAUUGACAAGUUGAUGAUGGCUGAAGCACUGCAGGAAUGUUUGUCACGUUUCCCGAAAAAAAAAAAAACAUUAGAUAGGGAAAAAGAGAAGCAUAAGAAGGUCUCAUCUCUCCGGGUACGUGACGUGACAGCGCAAUUUAAAUGCUCAAAGCCUCUCUUCACUGUCAAGGAACGCUUUAGUUCCAAAACGGUAGUCUUACAUUAAAACUGAAAACAGAAAGUAGCAUAGACUGGAAGACUCUUAGACUGUUUAUUUUAUAAAGCUAAAACAAAAGUAAUUGCCAACGGAUGCACUACAGGACAUCACACUAUAGAACAAAGAUUCGUUACAUUGAAUCUCAAGAAAGAAAGAAAAAUCAAACAAACAAAAAACAAAUCGGCGCCCAAAGAAUAAUCUUGAGUGACUUGCAGCGUUGGCUUAGCUUUAGUUAAGCUCUAAUUAGGAUAUGUAGAACACUAUCCCGUGAAAAUUCAACAUCCUGCAAACAAGAACUAGGUCUCGGGUGAUCUCAUUCAAAACAUAAAGCACAGGAAAUGAAUUAUUAAUAUAAGAGAAAUAGACCAGCUUCAUGACCUCUAAAUGUGAGACCAGCGGCCAAAAUUAAGAUUUGCUCAGUCAAUUAGUUUAGAAUCGACUCUAACUCUAUGCACUGCAUAAGCUGCGCUUUAAAAAGCGUGAAAAGUAGGAAAACCUCUGUUGUUCAAGCAAACUCUAAGGUCACGUUUCACGUGCCUGGCCUGUCAACACUUCAGUUUUGCUGCCAAAAAAUCACUAUACCGUGAAAGACCAUUCUCUCUUGCUUUGCGGGUAGUCUCUCUUUUGUCGUGCCUCUCCCGUCUGUCGCCUUCAGUCGCGCGCGGUCAUUUGCGUGUCUGGGGCGUUUUGCUCGACGGACCAGGAAAGAGACUACUCGGAGUCUAUCGUUUCCUUGGAAACAAUUUUCAGAGGAAAAAAGCUUUUUAGCAAAAUAACAGUAAAUGGAAGGGAAGCGAAAAGGAAAAGCAACCAACCAAACAAAUUAAAUAAUUAUAUAAAUGACUGGUUAUAUUAAUGCAUUAAAAUUGGUAGCCAGCAUAAUACUAUAAUUUCAAACGUAGGUAGUUGGGUAUUUCUUUUUUUUUUUUUUAGUUUGCUUUGUUUGUUUAUUUUCUUUCUGGCAAGAUAGUGACCAGAAAACGUCCUGAUACUGAAGCUUUUUGGCGUUUAUGGCAAAAUUUUAGAUUCGAAUGGCUCAAAAUAAUUAAACAGCGAGGAGCCGUAAAGCUUUCCGAGACGUUUUAAGAACGGGAUAAACUUGAAACAAGAAAAAAAAGUUAUUAAUAACGGUAUCGAAUAAAGCCGUAGGAAGAGAUUGGAUUUCGUUCUCGAUAUAUAGAUGCGAAUUUGAGUCAAUUCGAAGUAAGCGGAUUCUACGUUUUAAAUUUCCUUGGAGGAGACUGUAUUUAGACUUAUUUACGGUAGAUAGAUUCGCUUUACGUUCAUUCUUUUUUUCGUUCAUAUGUUUAGGGAGGCUACGGUACAUACGAGGAAAUGUGUUUGGACUUUUUACCUUACUAUCCUCGUGUUAAAGGCCUCAAAAUAUGUGACACUACCUUGUAUGAACCUUCGUGGCAACUGGUUGACAAACUAUAG